AUGAGGACGCGAUACCUGCUCCCUGCUCUGCUGAGCCUCUCUCUGGCGCUGCUGAGGCCUGGCGAUGGAGCCAUUGUGUUGUCAGUCCCUGAAGUGGUUUCUCUAGAAAGUGGAAGUUCAACCAACGUCACUAUCUCUCUGAGGGCUCCACUAAAUGAGACACUGGUGAUAAGUCUUAACAUUACACACUCCUCAAAGCACAGCACCAUUGUUGAACUUCCUGAUGAGGUACAGUUCCCUGCAGGUCACACCAAAGCAGACUUCCAAGUGAAAGCAGAUGAUGUGGGACAAGUAACAGUUUACCUUUAUGCCAAUAAUUCCAACUUAACUGGGCCUAGGAUUCAAUUUCAAGUGAUUCACAGCAUUAUAGUGAGAUACGUUGACGAGGUGAUUGGCUGGAUCUAUUUCCUUGCCUGGUCCAUCUCCUUUUAUCCUCAACUCUUUGAGAACUGGCGACGGAAAAGUGUUGUUGGACUAAGCUUUGACUAUUUAGCAUUAAACCUUACUGGGUUUGUAGCAUACAGUGUGUUUAAUGUUGGGCUCUUCUGGAUUCCCUUGAUUAAGGAGGAAUUUCUGGUCAGUUAUCCCAGUGGGGUGAACCCUGUGGCUAUCAAUGAUGUUUUCUUCAGUCUCCACGCAGUAGCCCUGAGUCUCCUCGCCAUCAUUCAGUGCUGCAUCUAUGAGAGAGCAGGUCAAAAAGUAUCCAAAACUGUUGUUGGACUCCUGGCACUUGCAUGGAUCUUCACCUUCACAACACUGUUCCUGGCUGCAGCUGAGAAGAUGACAUGGCUGCAGUUCUUGUUCUGCUUUUCCUACAUUAAGUUAGCAGUCACACUGAUAAAAUACUUCCCACAGGCCUACAUGAACUUCCGUCGGAAGAGUACUGAGGGAUGGAGUAUUGGAAAUGUGUUCCUGGACUUCACUGGUGGAAGCUUCAGCCUUCUCCAGAUGUUUUUGCAGUCAUACAACAAUGAUGAGUGGAGGUUAAUUUUUGGAGAUCCAACCAAGUUUGGCCUGGGUGUCUUCUCCAUCAUUUUUGAUAUUGUUUUCAUGGCCCAGCACUACUGCCUGUACAGGAGACGAGGGUAUGAACCCUGUGAAUAA